CUUAAAAUAUGCAUGCAAGCAACGACAAAUUUCAAAGGAUACAGAUUCAGAUUUAACGUUCAGGUCAAAUUACAUCUACGUUCUGCGUGUUUAUAUACAUGAACUCUUCAUUUUAAACAUUAAAUGAUGUUACUUAUUUUUAAUUUAUUUUCUAAUAUAACAUAAAUUUAUAAACAUGAUUUCUAAGAAAAUUGCUUUGAUGAAAAUAUGGAUAUAUUUUUCUACAAACUAUUUUGUAGUAAUAUUUGCUUGGAGUGGAGAAGUUACUUUAAAAAAUUUAGGAGAAAAAGAGUUUAUGCGUUUAAAAGCUAAAGCAACAAUACCCUAUCAUGGAGCAUGCUGGCAUCAUGCUGUUAAAGCUAUCAAAAGCAGUUGUGAUAAACUGGAUGAUAAUGAACAUUCUAUAUUAGCUCUUCAUUUGGCUAAUUGUUUUUUAGAAGACUCUGGGCAUGUAACUUAUAAUUGCUAUACAAAACAUGAUAACAAUGAUAGACGAAUGUGCAUACAUGAAAUGUCUGAUAGGGCAUUUAGUGUAUAUAAUGAAUUUUAUAUUUAUGCAUCACAUAUGUGUUUCUUUCUGUAUCAUGAACUUUGGCAAGCUGAAACACAAGAAACUAUAAAACACUUAUAUCAUGCAUCAUCAAUGAUGAAAGAACAAUUGAUAAAAUCUUCACAAAUGCAAAACAUAAUGUUAGAAAGUCAGAAAGAAGGUAUUAAAAUUCAAAAUCAGCUUCUGGAGAAUGGGAAAGAAUUGGAAAAUAUUAUUGAAACAUCUUCAAAGUCGGUUGCAAACAUGGUUUUCAGUUUUAAGGAGUCUGUACAAGAUCAAAAGGAGUUGUUAUUUCAAAUUUUCGGAUACUUACGAACUUUUCAAAACUGGAUUAUUAGUGAAGUUUCUUGGUUUCAAUCAAUAAUUUAUUAUACAGUCAGUUGUAUAUUAUCAGCAUUAUUUAGUGCAUCUAAAAAAACUGCUAAUGCAAGAGUUAUUCUGUUUGCAACUCAGAGUUUAAAUGUGAUAAUAGAGAGAAUGCUUGUUCAGUAUUAUGAUAAUAUUCCAGAACAUUUAAAUAAUGAUAAAAUUAAUUUAGUAGCAUCUAUCUGGCUUGUCAGAAAAACAACACUUAUCAUAUGUAUAUGUAGUCUUUUAUAUCAUUACUGUUCUCACAAAGAUGAACUUGUAGAAAAUUACAAGGUCCUGCAACGUAUUGAGAAUCGUUUAGAUUCAAUACAAUAUAUCACUGGUAUUUCCAAAACAUCUGCUAUAAGAUAUUCAAAGAGACUGGCUUUGAAACGAAAUAAAAAUACUUCUGAAUGUCAUGAAAAUGCAUCAGAAAUCAUUAAAAGUAAAUGAAAUAAAAAAUAUAAGUAUUUUUAACUUAUGUAUUUUGUAAAUAAAUCAAAUUGUA